AUGAGGCAUGUGGGGAUAAACAAUAAUUCUAUGGUGUCUCUCAAUUCUUCCUUUUUUGAUAUUGAGAGCAACAUAGGGAACAUGGGGCAUGCGUUGAUAACUUACAAUUCUUCUGCCAAACUCCUUGCUGUUUCAUGGUUCUUUGAGGGAACCAGUUCUGGUUUUAUGCCUAACACUUCUCUUUCGUACCAGAUUGACCUGGGGGAAAUUCUCCCGGAGUGGGUCACUGUUGGGUUUUCGGGUGCAACCGGGGCGUCUAAUGAGGAGAAUGUUAUUCAUUCUUGGGAAUUCACGUCAACUCUGAAUUCCACACCGUUAAACAAUAAAGAAAAAGAUGGCAAUAAUGACAUCAUAGUUAAAUACAAGUUUUCAGUCCAAGUAGUAGCUGUUGCAGUGAGUUGUUCUGUUUUGUUUAUGCUCGUGGUUGCUGCAGUUUCUUGUUUUAUCAUCAUCAAGAAGAGAAGAAGCGAAGAUGGUUUUGGUUUCAAUGGAGCAGCUAUGCCCAGAAGGUUUGGUUAUAAAGAGUUAGUUGCAGCCACCAACGGGUUUGCAGAUGAUAGAAGGCUGGGAGAAGGAGGCACUGGACAAGUUUACAAAGGGUUUCUGAGUGAUCUAGGGAGUGUGGUUGCAGUGAAAAGGAUAUUUUCUGAUGUUGAAGAUUCGGAGAGAAUAUUCACAAACGAGGUGAAGAUUAUAAGUCGUCUUGUGCAUAAAAACCUGGUGCAAUUGAUGGGGUGGUGCAAUGAGGAAGGAGAGUUGUUACUGGUUUUUGAGUACAUGAGUAAUGGAAGCCUUGACACUCAUAUAUUUGGCAACAGGAGAACCUUGACAUGGAGUGUGAGAUACAAUAUAGCGUUAGGUGUGGCUAGGGCACUGUGUUAUCUUCAUGAAGAGGUGGAGCAGUGUGUUCUUCAUAGAGACAUAAAGUCAAGUAAUGUUUUGUUAGACACAGAUUUCAACACUAAGGUUAGUGACUUUGGGAUAGCAAAGCUGGUGGAUCCAAGGUUGAGGACUCAGAAGACAAGGGUGGUGGGGACAUAUGGGUACCUUGCACCUGAAUAUGUGAAUGAAGGAAGGGCUAGCAAGGAGUCUGACAUGUAUGGUUUUGGGGUUGUGGCUUUGGAGAUAGGUUGUGGAAGGAGGACUUACCAGGAUGGAGAGUAUAACCAUGUGCCAUUGACAAAUUGGGUGUGGAAAAAGUAUGUGGAUGGAGAUAUUUUGGAUGCUGUGGAUGAGGGAUUGAAGGGAGAUUAUGAUGUGGAAGAAAUGAGAUGUUUGCUCACUGUUGGAAUAUGGUGUACUCACCCAGAUCACAGGCAAAGGCCAAAGGCAGAACAGGUUAUUAAUGCUCUAAAGCAAGAGACGCCAUUGCCAAUGCUUUCACUAUAA